CUGGGAAAACAUAAUUUAUUUGGAAUACGGAGCAGACGAAUCGUACAAAUUAGUGGUUCCAUCCCGAGAGAAGCCGUAUGCACAACUUGAGGCAAAAAGCGUUUACGGUGCAUUGCAUGGCCUACAGACAUUCAGCCAGUUAUGCCAUUUUAAUAUGAAGAAAAAGGUAAUAGAGAUUUUAAUGACUCCAUGGAAUAUCACAGACCAGCCCAGAUUCUCUUACCGUGGUCUUUUGAUCGAUACAUCCCGACAUUAUUUGCCACUACCUGUUAUGAAGAACGUGAUUGAUUCUAUGACAUACACCAAGCUAAAUGUACUUCAUUGGCACAUUGUGGACACACAGUCAUUUCCCUUAGAGAUUCCUUCGUAUCCAAAACUAUGGAAUGGCGCUUAUUCUCCCACUCAGAGAUACACCUUCGAAGACGCUGCAGAGAUCGUCAAUUAUGCUGGGCGACGAGGGAUUCAUGUCUUAGCUGAGAUUGAUGUUCCAGGCCACGCUCUCUCAUGGGGAAAGGGAUAUCCUUCCUUGUGGCCGUCCAAGAAUUGUCAAGAACCGCUUGACGUGAGUAGUGACUUUACAUUCAAGGUCAUUGAUGGCAUUCUCUCCGAUUUCAGCAAGAUCUUUAAGUUUAAAUUUAUCCACUUGGGAGGUGACGAAGUAAAUACAACUUGCUGGUCUACAACACCUCGAAUAUCCAAAUGGCUAAAAAAACAUCGGAAAACUGAAGCAGAAGCUUAUGAAUAUUUCGUACUGAGGGCGCAAAAAAUUGCUUCGUCACACGGAUAUGAAAUCAUCAACUGGGAAGAAACCUUCAACAACUUUGGAAACAAAUUAAACCCGAAAACGGUGGUCCACAACUGGCUUGGUACAGGAGUUGUUGGGAGAGUGACGGCGGCCGGUUUAAGGUGCAUAAUGAGUAACCAAGACAAAUGGUAUUUGGACCAUAUAGACACACCGUGGCAAAUGUUUUACGCGAACGAGCCAUUUGAGAUGAUAAAGGAUGAAAAGCGACAAAGUCUAGUACUUGGUGGUGAAGUGUGCAUGUGGGGUGAACAUAUUGAUGCUUCUGACAUUCAGCAAACCAUUUGGCCUCGUGCUGCCGCAGCUGCAGAGCGGUUGUGGACACCCUACACAAAGUUGGCUGAAAAUCCAGACAAGGUAACUACGAGGUUGGCUAACUUUAGAUGCUUGUUGAAUGAAAGAGGAGUUGCAGCUGCACCUUUGGUUGGUGGAGGACGAGUCGCGCCUUUCGAGCCAGGUUCAUGUCUCGCUCAGUAACGAUCGAAAUGGUUUAGAUUGUAGAAUAUGUUACAGUCAGCGGUAUCGUGGCUGAGCACAAGCAACAGCCAGCAAUCAAGUGAAAUUCAAAUAUAAAAUAGUUUAUUUUAACUAGAGAUGGAAAUUUAUCCUUUUGUCUUUAUAAUUUGAUUCUCUAUGUUAUAACUCAUAAGUUAUAACUCAUUCUCCAAUAUGUAUUUCUUUUGUCUUAUAUGGAAUUAUAACCACUCUGCUUCAUAAUAGUAACUAGUAAGUAAUGAAUCAAUAUAUUAUAGUUGUUUUGAAUA